AUGUCUGAAGAUUGGGACUCCAAAUUUGUGUUGGGCGGCCUGGAGAAUCACCGUUUCACGCCCACUCUUGACAUGGACCGUUCGAGGGGAUUUGAUGCGGAAAAACGCAUGCAUAUUCUCAACAACGCCACCCUCAUCACCACCAUAAUGGAUCGCGACGGCAAGAACGACAAGAAAGGCGGCUGCGAGACAAAAACUGUCAGUGGUCGCGGCGGUGGCAGUCGUGGUGGCCGCGGAGGACGAGGAGGACGAGGAGGCCGCGGAGGCGGCCUCCGUGCCACUCGAGCCAUGAUGGGCCAGCUGCAACGAGCAGCGGAUGCUGGCUCCCAUGCCACGAUGUACCGGCUGCAGCGAGAAGCGGGCGAGGGCCGGAUCCCCCGCGAGCAGGUCACCACGGCCCUUCUGGUGUUCCGGCAGCCCGAAAGUGAAGAAGAAUGCCCAGGCUGCGGCCUUCCAGCCCCGGCGUGGUGGCGGCAAUGGGGCAAACGGCGGAUGCCCACGCAUUGGGUAGCUUGUCAGCAGCAACGGCGGCAACUAUGCGAUGGUGAAGACGGCGGCCAUGGUGAUCAUGGAUGUCCGGGUCCCCUCAUCUGCUGGUUUAGUGUGGCAAGUGUGAAGGAGUCUCGCGAUGUGUGA